AUGUCCCCCUUCCGCGCUGGGUCCGACCGGGACCAUCCUUCGCGAAAAGGUCCCUACAUCGACUACGCCAGAUUUCUCCCACUCAACACCGAUCCCGCCUCCACCCACUACAUGAACCGCGCUCAGGCUGAGCCACCGUUUCGCGAUCAAGAAGAAUCCAUGAAAAAGAUCGAUAUCAUCGAUCUAACCCUCAACUCAAGUCCCGUAUCACGAUCCUCCAUUCAUCACCAAUUGGAUGCCGAUCGUGCGCCACCCCUCAGAACCAAGGUUGAGAGUCAAGGCCCUCCGGGUUUUCCUCUGGGCCUUGCGCAUAGCCUUUCGGACCCGAGCGGCGGCUCAACCGCCGCUUCCAGCAAUGCCGCCUCAGUUCUGGAUCCUUCGCCACCGCCAGUAUCCGUUCAACCUUCGGUCUCAUCAAUCGACCUGGAGGACGGCCUAAACGGCGAGAUGUCUCGACCGCCGCGACUUGAGGCGUCGUUGAAAACGCCUCAACAGGUGACGCCGCCGUCAUCUACGCGACCCUCAAGCCAUCAGUCUCCCAAGCAAGCCGCCAUCUCCAAGAAGCAGACCCCGAAAAAGGACAUUUUUGAUGUCCGGCAAAUCAUUACCUCGCUGCGGGGUUACUCAGCCGAUAUCAGCAAUGUACAUUCGCAACUGUGCCUCUACGCUCUCAGGUCUACCAAACCUGUCGAAACGCGCGUCAAGACCGGCAUAGAUUACUUUGCUGAUGUCAAACUGGCCCCGGCUGAUGCUGAGAAAACGGGCACCACCAUGACAAUCCGGGCCAAACAACAUUUCCGUGGGAGAAAGGUGGACACUCUCAGAGCUACGCACUACCUCCCAGUGUGCGUCAAGUCCGACAAGCCUGCCGUGCCCAGGUAUCGUUUCCAUCAUACGGAAAUCAUCAAGAAUGUUUUGUCCCCCAAUUCGAUGCUAAAGUUCGUGCCCGUCAUUCGAGACCUCGACCCUGACGAGGAGCGAGAUUACAAUCUCUGGCUUGGUGAGCUGGAGAGAAUGGACAAAAGCUGUGGAUUCGAGACUCUCGGCAGCCGUGACCAGCGGGUCGCCCGGACGAUCAAAAAGGAAAGGACUGCGACGCUAUCACUAUUCUUGGACUCCUGGCUCAGAAAGAUCGCUAUCGACAACUGUAAUCGAACUACCCUGAUUCGCCACAUGGCAAGUUCAAAUUCCGAUGAUGCAAUCACGCCACAGCAAAAGACGAGUCUGGUCAACCUGCACAGCGACGACAAUAUGGCCGCAACUACGCCAAGGGCUUUGAAAGCUGCGAGGGUGUUCACGGAGGCAUUUGAUCAAGUCUUUUACCAUGACGCUCCUAAAGGAAAGGAAAUCCUCCUUCGCGACGUUCUGAAGCUUGACAAGUCCGUCGAUGAGAUUGUCGAAUCGAAGAAGACAGCAAAGGGUGGGCAAGAUGACAGCGAAAAGGUGGACUCUUUGGAGCAAUGGAUCGAAACCCACACGGUUAUGGGCUGUCUCAUAUGCUACAGCAAUUCAUGCGAGCAUGGAGACUACAGCAUUGAGAACCACAAGCGCAAUUUUUCUAUGGAUUGCAUCGGCAUGUACGGGCGAAUGUUCUCAGCAAAUCGCACGGUAUCCUCUAGUGAUCCGGUAGAGCCGCUGGAGCCUCCCCCGCCGUGUGAAAGACAGUGCUUCCAGAUCUAUGGUACCGGCAGCGCUGAAGCGCAGGGGAAGCCAUGGACCAAAGAUGAGACUCUGUUACUACGCAGCUUGUUCACGAUCUUGGAUCAUAGCAAGGUCCGAGUCAAGGCUCAAUGCGCUACUGCUGAGAUUCUCAAUAGAGAUUGCCGGGACGUACAUCGCCAUCUGCAAUCUCUGGACAUCAGGCUUCCGCCCAUUGAAACGAUUGAUCAGCCGAGGGUCAAAAGUUUUCCUUGGUACGAUCGCAAGAGAAAGAUGCUCUUGGGCGACUGGCAGGCAGAGACCAACUCUCAUGAUACCAAGGUCCGGCCAUCCAACGAUCCAUGCCAUCACGAAGGCCCUUGCUCGAAAGAAAACGACUGCCCAUGUGCGCUGAACGACAUUUUGUGUGAGCGCUUUUGUCGUUGCACGGAGGAGUGUUGCGCUUGGAAAUUUACAGGUUGCGGCUGCCAUGGCAGCGGCAAAACGUGUUUGCAAAAACAGAAGGAGGGCCGUCCUUGUAUUUGCGUACAGUUAAAUCGCGAGUGUGAUCCCGACCUUUGCGGAAGCUGCGGUGCUGUUGAGCGAGCCGAUCCUGAAAACCGGCACGACGAUGCGCUCUUCCAGACCGGUUGCCAGAAUACCGCCAUCCAACGAGGUGUCAGCAAAGCAGUCGUCCUUGGCAAGAGUCAGUUGGAAGGCUGUGGCUACGGUCUCUUCACUGCAGAAGACAUCGCACAGGACGAAUUCGUGAUUGAGUACACGGGCGAGCUCAUCGUGGCAGAUGAAGGAGUCAGAAGAGAGGCACGCCGCGGCGAGGCUUUCUCUGUAGAGAAGAGCACAUCAUAUGUGUUCAGUCUCUUAGAUUACGAAGGCAUCUGGGUUGACGCUGCUAUCUACGGCAAUCUCAGUCGCUACAUCAACCAUGCCGUAGAAAAUGCUAACGUUCAGCCCGGCAUUCUCUACGUGAAUGGCGAAUACCGUAUCCGAUUUUCGGCAACUCGCAAUAUCAAGGCUGGAGAGGAGCUUUUCUUCAACUACGGCGAAAACUUCCCUAAUCUUACUAAGAAGAUGAUCAAGGAGAAGGCUGACAUUGAAGGAGACGCAGAGUCUGGACCAGAAGAAGGAGUAAUACCGGUCAAACGUGGUCGAGGCGGACGCCGAAAGACAGUCAAUGGCACGCAGAAAUCAGCUGCCCAGAAACUCGCCACGGCGAAAAUCGCGAAGAGCGUUCGUACAGGAGCUCGGAAAGAGGCGCCACAGGUGACGAUAGACGAUUACGAAGCUUUAGCCGACGUUGACUCGGCACCGAGUGCAAGCCGGAAGCGCAAGCGCGUCGCGAAGAGCGAUGAUGAGGAUGAGGACUUUCAUCCGUCCCUAGAAUCAGAAGAGAAUGCUGAAGGGCGAGCCAAGGGGAAGCGGCCAGCCGUAUCUCGUCGCCGAAGCGGAAUACAACGCGUCAGAUCAAUGGGUUCUAUCAUACCCUCGGACUCGGAAGCAGAUGGUUCCCAGCGAGCAACCCCUCGUAAGCGUGGACGGGCACGUCCCAAUAGUUCUCACGGUGUUAGCAAUUCUCAAACAACUGCAAAGACUUCGGCAAACCCCGAGAAAUCAGCAGUUGAUACGCCGCCUCCGAAAAAGAGGCGCGGACGCCCGCCGAAGAAUCCUCGUCCGCCGAGCCCAGCCGUGGAAAAGCCACAAGAGGUGGAGCACGUUGAAAAUGAGAUUCGCGCCAGUCCACUUCUCACCCGGAACCCUGAGGCAGAGGGUGGCACGAUCUCGGUUGACUUGAGCCAGCCUUCGAGGUCUGCACGGGGCCGCAAGUUUACAACGUCUGCUCUCAGUCAGUCUGUUGAGGAUCCUAUGGACGUGGACGAAGCUGAGGCAGAGAUCGACGCGACUCCUUCGCGAUCUAGAGGUCGAAGGAGGGCUGAGGGCAAUUCGAUCACAGCUCGUGGGGCAUCUCGGGGUGGCCGCACAUCUGUGUCAAGAGCGCGUCGCUUGCCUACCGAAUCGGAUGCUAUCGUGGACUCGGAUGAAGAACCCCUCACUCUCACUCCAUCAUCCCGGAGGAAGCGGAUGCAAAAAAGGGUCUUUGGACCUUUGGAGGUGAAUGACAGCGAGUCCAGCUUUAAGAUGCCUGGCGUUGGUUCAGACUCCGAUGAUGAUGACGACGACGACGAUGACGACAUUGUUGGUCUCAAACGCACUUCUAGGCAAAGGAAACUUCCAGCUCGAUUCCGUUCAUCCGACGAAGAGUCUUGA